AUGUUGAUCACAUCCGGAGUAUUGACGACACCAACUGCGAAUGGUAAAGAUAUAAUCCAGAUAUUUGACCGCAGAGCACUAACUACAAAAGGUGCUGUGCCCAUCAGGCGGUCGGCGCAAGAGCUCAUUGCCAAUUAUCCUGAGCAAUGGGACCUUUACAUUCUCGGUCUUGCUAAGUUGAAGGAAUCAAGCGCAUACAUGAGGCCUAAGAGAAAUAACAAUGGAGUUUGGGAUUCUUACUACCAAAUCGCAGGCAUCCACGGUCUGCCAUACAGAGCUUAUGAUGACGUAGCUCCAAUCAAGGAAACCGGCAGUGGUGGCUACUGUACUCACUCUUCGCCGCUGUUUGCAACAUGGCAUCGACCGUUUCUUGCCUUGUUCGAGCAAGCAUUGUACCAUGACGUGCAAGAUGUCGCUUCCGGUCUUCCCUCAAAGUACAAGGAUCGCUACAUCAAAGCCGCGAAAGACUUUCGCCUCCCUUAUUGGGACCCUUUCGCAUUGAGCCAAAGACCAAAACGCCCUGAGGACUUCUUACCUAGCUGGAUUGCCUCCAAGGCUCUUCCGCUGAAGAACACCGACCUGCUCAAGGAUUCCGACAUGGUGAAGUCUUUAUUGCUGGAUGAGAAGCAGCAGGCUCUCAAUCCCUUGUACAACUACACAUUUCCCUAUGAUGCGGAUACCAUUCAGGAUUGGUUCGCUCCUGAAGCCCGAACUUCGCGCUCGCCAUCUGCUUCCGAGAACUUGUGGAACGCCAUCGAUAGCAGUGCACGAACGGACAUGUGGAAAGCGAUGACCGGACUCAAAGACUUCAACGAGUUUACCAAUGAUGCCUGGGUAAGAAGGGACGCCAAAACGAGAAGCUAUCCCAGCCUUGAACAAACACAUAACCUCGUCCACGCGAGGGUCGGCGGUAACAUGGGAAGGGUUCCAGGUGCAGCGUUCGACCCAAUUUUCUGGCUGCACCAUGCGAACAUUGAUCGUCUUCUAGCCAUAUGGCAAGCAAUGCAUCCAAACAGUUAUUUGAGCGAGACAAAGCAGCCUAACGGCGUCAAAUCUGCCAACUUCAUGCUCGCAGAAAAUGCAAAUGUCAACAGCCUGACAUCUCUAUGGCCUUUCCGCAAGAGCAGUAGCGAAUAUUGGACAUCGGAGGACGUUAAGGAGACAACUACAUUUGGCUACGCAUAUCCUGAGACACAGCGAUGGAACUUUGCGAGCGAUGUUGCCUUCAGUAACAGCGUCGCUGAAAAAUUCAACGGGCUUUACCAGACUAUCAUCGCGAAAGCUAGGUCCCUGGGUGUGGUUCCAAGGUCCGCAAUGGCCGCCCCCGAAUCAAGGAUGGCUCGCACAGCUGAGACUUCAGAUCCAGUGUCAACUGAGCAGACCGGGCUUCAGAUAAACGAAAAUCCAGCGUCAGCUGAGCAGGCUGGACUUGUAGCAGAUGAAGAUGCAUCUCUGACAGUGCCUGAACCACAGGCUCCACUUAUAGCAGAGGUAUCUGCAGCUUCGCUUGAAGAAGCUCCCCCGGGUGACCUGUUAGCUCAAGACUUUGGAUUCAACCUCAAAUACACCGACUGGACCGUCAAUAUCCGUGUUGAAAAGCAUUGUCUCCCUCAGACCUUUUCCAUCAUGGUAUUUUUAGGAGACGUACCUACUGACCCCACGACAUGGUCUGCAUCCGAACCGCUAAUCGGGUCAGUAUCAGUCCUCGCUCAAGGGGAAGAGACACAGUGCGGCAAAUGUCGACAGGACCAGGAGGAGGGCCUUAUAAUCACUGGCACGGUGACACUCACUGAAACUCUUAUGGACAAGGUCCUUGACGGAAGUCUGCCUAGCUUAGGCGCGCCGGAUGUCGAGCCUUACCUGGUAAAGAACUUGCAUUGGCGUGUGAAGAUGAUGGGCGGACUGGAGGUGCCAAGGGAUCAAAUAGCUGGGCUUAAAGUCAUUGUGUCCAGUGAUGAGGUGGGAAUCACUGAUGAAGACCUCCCAGUUCACCUCGGAGAGCCAACAGUGCACCCCAAUAUCACGGAUGGUAGACUUGGCGGGUUCAGCGAUGGAGAUGUGGUUUAG